AUGUCUCAGUCACAGCUCCUGACGCCAAAGCAAACGCAUGCCCUCUUUGACAUCCUCACCCACCAUGAAACCUACUCUGAGAUUGAGGCCUUCAAGUCCACCGAUGCCGUUCUCACCCACGGUUUCCCCUUCCGCACCAAAGAGCAGCAAGCCCGCGUAGCCGCGGCCGCGGCCCGCCAGGACAUUGCCGCCCCGGCUCCGACCAGCAGCGGGGGCGGGCUGACGGGCUUCGCGCUUAGCCUCUGGGGACGGUCCUCGGACAGCAGCGCCGGGGCGACGCCGACACCCUCGGCGCCCGACUCGCCGCGGGUCUAUACCCCGUCCUCGGUGGCGGCGGAGCCCCCGUCCUCCUCCUCCGCCGGCAGCGACGCGGAGGGUGGUGGUGACGAGUGCGUCCUGGACGACGCCGACAACGCGCCGUCGGCUUUGCCGGUCAUGCAGCUGCUCACGUCGACGUUUGUGAUGCGCCUGCCGGCCGUCAAGGCGCUGCCGCGCGACUUUUGGGCGGUGCGCGUGCAGGGCCUGCUGAGCCGCCUCGCCGACGCGGACCUAUCGGAGAGCUACGACAAGGGCGCGAUGGGCGCGCGCAAGACGCUGGCCUCGGGGUCCGGGUCGGUGAUUGAGAUGAUCGCGCGGGGUUUCCUCGGUGGCGUGGCGCGGCGCGGCGGCGUGAAGCCGACGGAGGAGGAGCUGAAGAGGAACACGUACGACACGCGCUCCGGCCGGGAGCUCGCCCGCGCGUGGGAAGAUGUCCUGGACGGGUUGGUGUACGGGGAUCUAGUGGACGCCAUGUUCGACUACCUCGCCAAGACGGACCAGCUGGAGGCGCACUCGGCAGCGGUAGACGCGGCGAGCAGCUACGUGGUGCUGCACCUGGCGGCGCUGCUGCACCACGUAUUCGUGCUGAGCCCGGACGGGCCGUACCUGCUGAAGCUGCUGGACGGGGUGCACGGGCUGGUGCCGUACCGGGUGAUCAAGCAGACGCUGCGCGUGGGCAACGCGGCGACCAUGAUUAGCGGUAUGAUGCGGCUGCUGCUGGCCAAGCUGAGCGUCACGGGGCUGACCAACUGGCUGGGCGUCACGCAGAGCGACGACGACGGCAUGAACCUGCUGCAGAACAUCAUCUCGCUGGUGCUGUCCCGCGACGCCGGCGAGUUUAAGAAGGCCGUGCAGCGCGUGGACAAGGCGGGUGACGAUGAGGAUGCGGGAGGGUUGAGCGAGGCGGUGAGGGCGGCGAUUCGGGAGCACGUGGCGAGCGACAAGACGCAGCAGGCGGCGGUGAGGAGGGCGAGCGUGGAGGCGCGGGAGUCGAUCGUCGUGGCGAUUCUGAGGGCGCGCGGCGAGGCGGAGGGCCUGAGCGAGGCGCAGCACGGCAGGGUCUUGGAGUACUACUCGGCGCUACUGUCGAUGCGCGACCGCGAGGCCAUCACGGGCGCGCUCUGCCGGCACCCGCCGGACCUCUUCACCAAGGCCAUCAAGGAGGCCGUCGCGGCGUACAACCCGGUGAUCCGCGCCGUCCACGAGCGCGUCGACCUCGGCGCGCACCUUACGGACCUGCAGGAGUUUAUCACCCAGUUCAUCCGCGUCAGCACGCCCGCCAACGGUGGUGGUGGCGCGCCGACGGUGACAGUGGAGGACUACGUCAAGCUGCUCAACGACCACAAGCCGCUGCUGCACCGGUUCGUGCAUGCGGUGGCGAAGAAUUGCCCGGACGUGUGGCGCGACCUGCGCGCGUGGAGCAACGCCUCGAUCGCGCGCUUCCGGCAGGAGAUGGCCGGCGGCGACGACGGGACGAGGAGCGCGAUGGAUGAGGCGCUCGACGGGCUGGUCGCCGGGCUGAGCGGGGAGGCUCGGACGGCGGUGCUGGCCGCGGUGGACGAGCACGCAGAGUACCUGGCGGCGCUCAAGGAGGGCUCCGACGCGCGCCUGGCCCAGCUGGCCGCCGGCAACAGCUCCGGUGGCGGGGAAUGCUGGGGUCCCGGCGUGUACCUGGCGCGCUGGCAGGACAUCCUGGACGAUACGCUGAUCACGCCCGACGGCGGCACGGGAGGGAAGCCGCGGCGCGGAGCGGAGGUGCGCCACCUGGCGACGCUCGGCAAGACGGGCCUGGCGGGCGGCGAGAUCGCGGCGGCCCGGAGGAGGGUCGAGCCAAGGGCGCCGGACGUGGGCGCAGUGGUGAAGGAGUUGGGGGAGCAGUUUGGGGCGCUGAUGCAGGCGGUGAACAUGGAGCGCAGGGUAUUUGGGAAGAACUAG